AUGCUGAGCAACAAAAGACCAUCCGUACGUUUCAGGACGGCAAGCUCAAGCCAGAUGCAUUUGCAGAACCUCGACUUUUGGGACAGCUGCCAGGAGUUUGUGCUCUCAUCGUGUCCUUCAAUCGAUUUCCACAACUGUGUGGUCCAGCAACUGGCGUUGAUAAAUGAAGCUGGAAGAUUUAGUGUUUCGGUGACCGUUAAUCCUCAGAAUAAAGCGGCGCAUGAGAAGGUCUUGGCAAAACGUGAUAACCAUCUGGUUACGUGA